AUGAACACUCAUCGCUCAUCCAUGUCUAGCCCGGCGCUCGGAAACGUUGAGGUUACUCGAGGGUCUUACUACAUCUAUCGAUACAAUGGUGCUGCCAACGGUACAUCCGGAAUGACUCCUCCCCAGUCCCGACCUAUUAGCUAUACUAGUUCCUCGCGCGUUCCUGGAACCAGCACCACGAGCAGGAGAACUGGAUGCAGCUCUAGGUCAAAUUCGACAACUCGAGGCGUUUCUUCGGUCAGCCCCAUGUUAAGCCAUACUAGCCGUCCUUCCUCAAUGAGCCCAAUGGGCGUUGGCUCUCGCUCUAGCCGUUCAAGCUCCAUGCAUCCCGGUAGCUCCAUUUAUCCUGCUAGCCCCAUGCACAGUCGCCCUACAUCAACUGCGCGGCCCAGUUAUACCACCCCUACCGCUCCUAAUGCGAGCAAUACUGCUCCACCACCGCCACCGCCUAACUCGGCAGCAGGGCACUCUACCGCUCGUUCUUCGGCUAUGCCUGGGCCGAGUACUCAGGGUCGUCGCAGUUCAUCCUCAGGUCCUAACAACUCCUCCACUACGCAAGCUAGCCGUAAACCUAGAUACAGUGGUGGCUUUCAGCUCUCCUCGAACCGUCCGAAGACCUCUGAGCAAGGUGCUUCUACUAAGAAGCCGCCGCGCAAAGGUUGCAAUCAGCAGUAG